AUAUCUCUUCUUUGCUCCCCCCCCCCUCUUUUUCCCCUCGUAUUUCCUCUACUAGGGCACGGGAGAGAACCUCUCUCAUCUCCGCCUCCCCUCGCCGCCCCUCUCCGCCCUCCCUCCUCCCCGCCACCGCCGGCCACCGCUCGGCCUCCUCUUCUCUCUAACACCGAUGUCGUUGCAGGAAAGCUUGAAUAAAUUUAAGCAACAGCAAGAGAAAUGUCAGUCGACCCUCACCAGCAUAGCUGCCCGAGCACAAUCUUCAAAACCCCCACAUGCCCCCCAACCACAGAAAACAGCACCUUCAAGUUCUUCAGCUCCUUCAAAAGCACCUACCGCAAUUAAAUUUUCGAAUGACACAGAAAGGCUACAGCACAUCAACGCAAUUAGAAAGUCACCUGUUGGUGCACAAAUUAAACGUGUUAUUGAUCUACUUUUAGAGACAAGACAAGCCCUCACACCAGAAGAGAUAAAUGAAGCAUGCUAUGUUGACAUAAAUGCAAAUAAGGCAGUCUUUGACAGUUUGAAGAAUAAUCAUAAAGUGAAUUAUGAUGGGAAGCGUUUUUCUUACAAGUCUAAACAUGAUCUGAAAGGAAAAGAGCAAUUGCUUUCUCUGAUAAGGAAGUUUCCUGAAGGCCUUCCUGUUGUGGAUGUCAAGGAUUCAUACACAUCUGUGAUGGAGGACCUGCAGGCGUUGAAGUCUGCGGGUCAAGUUUGGCUUUUGUCCAACAUGGACUCGCAGGAGGACAUUGUAUACCCCAAUGACCCCAAGGUGAUGAUAAAGGUGGAUGAUGAUCUGAAGCAGCUGUUUCGUGGGAUCGAACUACCACGGGACAUGGUUGAUAUUGAGAAGGAGCUGCAGAAGAAUGGCAUGAAGCCCGCGACCAACACAGCCAAGAGACGGGCCAUGGCCCAAGUCCAUGGCAUCACCUCGAAGCCCAAACCUAAGAAGAGACGCGAGAUUAGCCGAAGGACCAAGCUGACCAACGCCCAUCUCCCUGAGCUCUUCGAGAACCUGAAUGUUCCAGACCCUUGAAAGACGAAUUGGUUCCUGACUUGGUGGGGUUUCUUCUUGCUGUUCCAUCAAUUUCUUAUCAUAGGACCGUGGUGUAUCUUUGCCUUUAUUCUAGGUGCAAGAGGCAUACACAUGAUGCAUUUGAGAGGACCAUUAUUUGUAUAAGAACCAGAUUUAUGUAAUUGCAAGAAUGUUCAAAAGGAUGAGUUGUGAUAAUGCAUUCUGAUGCAUAUAUGUGAUUUCUUGGUA